CUCGGGCGUGAGCUGGAUCGGCCAGCUGCAGCAGAAGCAACGAGCCUGGAACACCGCCGGCGAUAUCACUGACGACACAGCAUGGCAUCGGUCCUGGAAAUCGAGUCCCAGGAUGUUAUCCGCCUGAUCGAGCAGUUUCUCAAGGAAAACAACCUGCUGAGGACGCUGCAGACGUUGCAGGAAGAGUCAUCCAUCACCCUCAAUACAGUCGACAGCAUCCAGACCUUCACCUCCGAGAUCCUCCAAGGCCACUGGGAUGUCGUCCUGCGAACCAUCUCGACCCUCAAGAUUCCGCAAAAGAAGCUUAUCGAUUUACAUGAGCAGAUCGUCCUGGAACUCAUCGAGAUGCGGGAGAUUGGCGGCGCGCGAUCUCUUCUGCGGCAGACCGACCCCAUGCAGCUCCUUAAGGAACAACAGCCCGAUCGAUAUUUGCAUUUGGAGCAGAUGCUCUCUAGAUCCUUCUUUGACGAGAAGGAGGCCUAUCAGGGCUCGUCGAAAGAGAAGCGGCGACAGAAGAUUGCCCAGGCGCUGGCCAACGAGGUCACCGUCGUUGCCCCAUCGCGACUCAUGGCGCUGCUGGGCCAGGCGAUCAAGUGGCAAAACUCACAGGGGCUACUGCCCACCGACUCGGCAGCCUUUGAUCUCUUCCGCGGAUCUGUUCCGGUCGCGAAGGUUGAGGACGACACCCCGCCAACCCAGUCGUUCAACACCAUCAAGUUUCCCAAGAAACAGCAUCCUGAAUGUGCUGCCUUUUCGCCGGACGGGCAGUACUUUGUUACCGGCACUUUGGAUGGGAUGAUCGAGGUCUGGAACUAUAUGACCGGAAAGCUGCGAAAGGAUCUCAAAUAUCAAUCCGAUGGGAAUGUGAUGCUGAUGGACAAGGCUGUCCUGUGCCUGAGCUUCAGCCGCGACAGUGAAUUGCUGUCGUCCGGAUCGGAGGAUGGAUCAAUCAAGGUGUGGAAGGUGCAAACAGGACAGACCGCAAAGCGAUUCCCCAGCGCACACAGUCAAGGUGUGACGGCGGUGAUGAUGAACAAGGCCGGAACAGAGGUGCUCUCGGGAUCGUUCGAUGCCACUGCUAGGAUCCAUGGAAUGAAAUCGGGUCGAAUGAUCAAGGAGUUCCGAGGCCACACGUCUUAUGUGAAUGACGCGAUUUACUCUGUGGACGAGACUCGGAUUAUCACAGCAAGCAGCGACGGAACUGUCAAGAUAUGGGACUACCGAAACUGCGAGUGCCUGUUCACCGUGACUCUCCACGAUGGCAAGGCGGUGUCCAGUAAAGUGCAAGGCGCAAGCGUCACGAAGCUUUCGCAGAUGCCCCAGAGCAUCGACCGCUUUGUCGUGUCCAACAAGAGUGGCUUCGUCUAUGUGCUGUCGCUCACUGGCCAGGUGGAGAAUGCGUUUAGAUACAAGAAUCCAAAGGCUCUUCCCACAGGCCAGAGCGAUGCGAACCCACCCGAGGUUGCCUUUGUGUCCAUGACGAUAUCUGCCAAGGGCCAGUAUGUAUACUGCCUUGGUGAGGACAAUCGGCUCUACGCUUUCCAGACAGACACAGGUGUUUUGGAAGCAUCUUUGCAGCUCUCGUCGGCGGAAGUGAUCGGGAUGGCACAACAUCCAUAUUCCAACAUACUCUCGGCAUUCGAUGAUGGCGGGGUUGUGACGUUCUGGAAGUGAGAACGCUAAGUGCAGCUGUGCCAUUGUUUCAGACUGGCGAUAAUAGAGUUGCAUAUGCCGCUUCCCUGGUCUGUAUUUUGCGUGGCAAAAGAACCCUCCAUCAACCGAGCAAGUUGUGUGAGAUACCGGUGACCACAGAGUCGAAAUCACAUCACUCGUUGUGGUCCAACAGCGAUCUUAGUGCUGGCGCUCUGGAUGGUCGGCGGCGGCGGAGACGACCUUGCGCAUAUCGCCCUCGAUCCACUUCCGCGCGAAAUGAACAGUCGUCGAAGACAAAAAAAUGUGUGUGUAUUCAAGAUAUA